CCCAACUGACAGCCAUGCAAGGUGCCUAUCAUCUAAAAUCCGGUACCAAUCAAAUUUGGGUUCCCGCCUACCACACCCUACGGGAAUUACUGAUCCAGGAGGCACAUGACUCAAAUUUCUUGAGUCACUAUGGCAUCGACAAAACCGCCAACUUACUGGGCCACCAUUAUAACUGGCCAGACCCGUCAACGGACGUGCAACGGUAUGUCACCUCGUGUGCCAUGUGUCAACGCAUGAAGUCCUCCCUACUUCGACCUCCUGGACUGCUGCAGCCGCUCGAGCCACCCUGCAACUAUUUAGUCUGAUUAGUCUGAAAUUUCAGACCCUUUUUUUGGCCAAACCU